CUUUUUGCUCUUCUCUGUAUUUUGUCCUACAUACAUCUCCCAGCCGGCUUCAGCUGGAUCCCUAGCGAAAAAGAAAAAAGCUUUGUAGUGUUGCUGGUAGUUGUAUCAUUCUUUUAGCACAGGGUCCCUGGUAGCACGCUGUGAAAAUUCAUUUAGUUGCAAAGCCGAGGGGCCUCUUUGUAAAAGUUGCGGCCUCAUUUGAGAAGAUUAAGUUAAAACUUGUUACAGACCCUCUCUCAAAAACUCUUUACAGCCUCGUAAAAGGAAGAAAAGCAGUUAUGGAUCUGAUUUCUAUAAUCUGGUUAUUGUGCGUGGGUUUUAGUUGUAUCUUUGUGUUUGAGAGUGCAUGUAAAAUUAUUAUAAAUAUCUUGCCCUUGUUUUUCUGGUCAGUUAAUUCAAAAGGCUCGGUCUUGUAGUAUGAUAACAGCUCUGGUCAGAUUAAGUCAAAUGGUCUUUUAUUUCUUUUUCCUGCACCAGCAGUGUGUUUGCUCAUUACUGCCUGUCUUCUGGCUUCAAGUGCGAGUGUUUCUUUGGAUCUUAUAAUUGUGAACAGCAAUGGAUAUCAUUUAUCAGGGAUUAGUGUUUCCUGCAACACGUGGACCUGUCAAAACUAACUUUCUAAACCUCUUUAUUACCUUACUUUAUUCCUUGUACAUCCAGAUGACAAAUUAAAGGAAAAACCAACAUUACUGAAAUGCUGGUAAGGUGUUCAGCCUCCCCAAGCCACCAGAGCAGCUUGAGUGAUCCUUGGCAUUGAUUCAUCGCAAAUCUGGAAUGGUACUGGAGCGAUGAGCACCGUUCUUCCAAAAGAUAUUCCCUCUUCCUGUGUUUUUUUUUAAUGAUGGAGAGCGCUUGGUCUGGAAUUUAAAAUCCGUUCAGUUGAGUUGAGAUCUGGUGAAUGUUAAGGGCAACUCAUAGCAUAUGAUUUAAUCAUUUUCAUCCUCAUCAAUACAUUCAGUGAGCCCUUUUGUGCUGUGAAUGGGGUGGAGUCAUCCUGGAAGAGACCACGCCCAUCAAUAUAGAAACGUUUCCUCGUGAGUUAAUGGUGAUCAGGAUUGAUUUGCAAUGAUGUUUCCCUUUAAGUGGAGCAAAACCAUAAGAUCAAGAGUAAAUAAAUGCCCCGUACAGUGCAACCAAACUGCUGUUUUUUCCUUUAAUUUGUCACUUGUAUGUCAUUUUAUAGUUCAGUAACCUCUUUUAGCAUAAUUAUUUACUGCAGAAUGAGGUCUGGAUUGUGUCCAGGUUCGUGUAGCUGCCAGCUCAUGAAUCUAACUAUUGCAUAUUUUAUAAUUUAUAGGAAGGGGAUUUUUGCAGCUACAUCUGCCUUACUACUGUAUUCUAUUUUAUGUUAGAAUGAGUGUAUACUGUAUUUAUAUAAUAAUGAAAUACUUUAUUUACAGUGCCUUGCGUAAGGUGACACUUUAAUUGCACACAGGUCGACUCCGUUCAGCUAAUUACAUGACUUCUGAUGGCAACUGGUUGCACCAGAACUAGAACAGUAAUAUGCUAACACACUGAGAGCGUAGACAGGAGCGAGGGCUGUAUGGAGUUCAGAGAAUAAAGGCAAGUGUGAUUGAAGGAUUGCUUUGUGAAGUUUUAGGCCCCUCACGGGUAAAAUCCAAGCAGUGGGGAAGCUCUUUGGAGGGUUUUUGUUAUUUUUUUCAUCAGAUGGGGUUCCUUCUGGUCAACAAAACGAGUCCAAGAAACCACGUACACCCUUAAACAGGACAGUUUAAUUUUCAGUUAUAUCAAGGUAUCAUAAUAGUCGUAAUUGUGUUUUCUGCUGAUUUGUAAGAUAAUGUCCAUGUGUAAAAUGUUUUGAACCACUUUUCCUCUUUGUCAACUGUGGCAUGUGCCUGGGAUUAGGGCAUUUCAGUGCGGAUUACUUUUUCGAGGCUCCCCGAUGGUGUUUUGCUAGACGGAGAAGAAGAAGGAGUUUCAUCUUGCCUCUUGCAUUUUGUUUUUAAGCUUUUAAAAGUUGAAGUAGUUCAUUAAUAGUGCUUUGGUAGACCGGCUGCUAACCUCUGUGUGAGUGAAGGAAUGUUGCAGUUCAUCCGUAAGGAGGUUCAUGAUCAUGUAGCGGAACACAGGAUUCGACGGACACGGCUCGUGACCAAGGACGGCCACUGUAACAUUGAAUUUGGCAAUGUAGCGUAUCAUAGCCAUUUUGCUUACCUGAUGGACUUUUGGACCACCUUUGUUGAGAUCCGGUGGCGUUUUGUUAUUCUUUCUUUUGUCGCUGCUUUCACAGGGAGCUGGUUUGUCUUUGGCUUGCUGUGGUACUUCAUUGCAAAAAGCAACGGGGACCUGGAGGGAGAGAAUGUUCCUGAUACCCAUUUAAAGUGUAUCGAAAACGUAAACAGUCUCACAAGUGCCUUUCUUUAUUCCUUAGAGACACAGACGACCAUUGGAUACGGUGGACGAGCUUUGACAGGUCACUGUGCUGAGACAGUAGCCCUUCUCGUCAUCCAGUCUCUAAUGGGUGCCAUUAUAAACUGCUUCAUGUGCGGCCUGAUUCUGGCCAAAAUCUCCCUUCCGAAAAAUCGAGCCAAGACUGUUACCUUUAGUGACACGGCUGUGAUCUGUUUGAAAAACGAAAGCCUGUGCUUGCAGAUCAGAGUCGCCAACCUUCGGAAGACACUGCUGAUUGGCAGCCAUAUUUACGGCAAGCUCUUGAAAACCAGUGUCACUCCUGAUGGGGAGCCCAUCAUCCUGGACCAGGUCAAUGUUGACUUCCUGGUGGAUGCUGGCAAGGACAACCUCUUCUUCGUUUGUCCGCUGACACUGUACCAUGUUAUUGACAGUUCUAGUCCUUUUUCAGAGAUGACUGCAGAUACACUUCAGCAGCAGGACAUUGAACUGGUGGUCUUCUUGGAGGGCAUGGCUGAAUCCACAAGUUCCUCGUGCCAGGUUCGCACGUCCUACAUCCCAUGUGAGAUCCAGUGGGGUUACUGCUUCCUGCCCAUAAUCUCCCGAACUAAAGGGGGCAAAUACCGUGUCGAUUUCUCUAAUUUCUCCAAAACCAUUCCAGUAGCCACACCUCACUGCCCCAGCUGCUAUCUAAAUGAACCAAACAAAGAUCUUGUACUUCACCAGCAUGGACAACAAGGCAUCAACAAUCCUGGUUUUGAGGUAGUUAGUACUGAAGAUUUGGUGGACAAUGUGCAAAUGUGACGUAGAUGGCUGGAGUACCUGGAGAACCCCCUGUCCAUCUCAGGAAGGGCUGUUAAUUAGCUGAUGAGUUGAAUUGGGUGAGUUAGAGCAGGAAAAAUGCUAAAAUGUUCUGGAGAGGGGCUUCUCUAGAACCAGGGUUGGGAACCUGUGGCCUAGAGCAAAGUGCUGCUUUGAAACAAUAGAACGUGACUGAAGAUUGAAUAGGCAUCACUGUUUAGGAUCAAGCUGACCAAUCAUUACCAGUUUGUCAGUAUAUGUUUGUUCUGAAUAUACAAAGGACAAAUAUGGUGUUCCUCAGGGCUCUGCACUAGUGCCUCUCCUGUUUUUAAUAUGCAUGUUAUCUUUGGGAGAUAACUGCAGUGUAGUUAGCUAAUCUUCACACAUAAACAUAUAUAUAACUAAUCAACUGACUUUCCAUUGUAACAUACUGUUUAAAAGUUUGGAUUUCAAAUAAUUUUCUUAAUUAGUAAUUAAUUAAAUAAUUAAUAUCAUUAAAGACUGACAGGAGCCCAAAUCCCACUUUUUGAAGGUUGUGUAUUUUCCUAAUUAAAUGUUUCAGUUGUCUUUACUUAAAAAAGUUACUUCCUUGAAUUGGAUAUAUUAUUAGUGUUUUACUUUACUAUUUUUUUUGCAAGUAACUGUGGCUCAUUUUGACUUGAUUAGCUGCAAAUCAACAUGAAUGCCAGUUCACUGAAAGUUUUCUCCUUCCUGAUCAUUACUAAUUGCAAAAUUGCCUAUCAAUACAAGUGUUG